AUGAUAUUACAUCAUGGUUCAUCGAAAACUAUGUCUAAUGGAUUAGCUUUACCUGAUUUAUCAUUAAGACGUACUUCAUCUCGAUCAACAACAGCAAAAGCAUUGAAUACUAUUAAAUCAAUUGAUACCCAACGUGAAAAAUUACUUAAACAAUUUGGUUCUUCAGGAUUAGUUGUAUUAGAUUUAGUGAAAUAUGUUCCCGUUGGAUCUGCAAUAUUUAUUGAUAAUUAUUUUGCAUCAACGAAGUUGAUAAAAACAUUAACUGAACUCGUUGGAUGGAAGGAUUCAAAACGGGUAUUACUAGGUUCCAAUCAUAUAGGUGUAGAACCAAUAACAACAUUAAAACGUUGGGAUAAAGAAAAACAGUGUCGAGUUGAUGUUACAGCUUCUCAAAUUAUUAAUAAUUAUAAUAAAUUCAUGGGAGGAGUCGACAAUGUAAUGGUUAUUAACUCUUGGAUUAUCAUGAAUUCUCGUCUUUGUGGUGAUGAUAGUUAUAAUUCUACAAGUCAUGGAAAAUUUAGAUUAUUUCAUUUCAAAUCUGAAAUAGCAAAAUUUCUAUUAACAAAAACAAAUAUUCAAAUAUUCCCAACAGCAGCUAUUAGUUCAUCAGUAAAUGUUUAUCAAAAUGAUGAAGAAAAUGAACCACCAACAAAAAAACUACGUGAAGCCAGGUCCAGUGUAACAGAUGUUGUACGAUAUGAUAGUUCUGAUCAUUGGCCUUUAUUUGUUUCUGGUCUUAACAAUACUCGAUUUAUUGAACAUAUUACUUUCUAUUAA